AUGAAUAAUAGUAGUAUUAUUGCGGUGGAUAUUCUUCCACAUAAUGAUGGAAAAAUUGUUAUGUACGGUGCACCUAAUAAAGAUAUUAAACACUUAGUUUCCGGUAAACUUCGUAUAAUCCUCUCAAAACCUUUAAAAAUAAAAUUUAUAUCCAUUAAAUUAAAAGGAAGAUCUGAAUAUUCAGAUUGGGAAGAACAAUAUUCUUGUUUAGAAGUAAUUAAACUUGAAAAAAUUCUUUAUGAAAAAAAUACUUUACCUAUAGGUGUAACCGAUAUUGAAUAUGAACUUGAGGUUCCCGGUAAUUUACCACAAACUUUUAGAACAAAUUUUGGAUUUAUUUUUUAUAAAUUGGUUGCCGUGGUUCAACCUGCUUCAUUAAUGUCAAAAUACGCUAGAGUUGAGAGAGGAAUUAGUUUUUUAAGGCAUUAUUUACCUUGUAGGAGAGAAUUUUUACCUGCUCCACCUACUAAAAUUUAUAAAGGACAAAGAAAAGAUAAUUUGGAUUUUGAAUUGGAACUUCCUACAGUCAUUUGCGUUAAUGAAAAAAGUUUAUUAAUCAGAUUAAGAUUAUUACCACAUAACGAUAAAGAUCUGGAUGAAUUUUCUAUCGAUCCUGCUCAAUUAAUUGGAAUUGUUCCAUUGAAUGGAUCUUCAUUAACAAAACGUAAACGAACUUAUCCUAUAAGCCCGACAUUACUCACUGUUCAUAAUGAUGCUGACAAUUGGAAUAACCCGUUGAUUUAUAAUCUUCCAUUUGCUCAAUAUUCAUCUUCAUCUAAUACUUCUCGAAAACCUCGAUUAAAAGCAACUCUCAAAUCUCCAUUAAUGAAAGUUAGACAUAAAUUUAGAUUUGUAUUGAUGUUUGAAGAUGAUACUGAAAAUGAUUGGGAAUUAGAAAUUCCAAUUAAUGUUACAACUAUUCCUGAAGAAAAAAGUCUUUCAUUUCUUGGAUUGUUUGAAGAUAAUAAUUUACCUUCUUAUGAUGAUACUUUUAUGGGAAAUUCAUCAAUCAAUCAUUCGGAAAAUAAUGAAAGUAAUAUCAGUUCUCCUUCUUCAAACGUAGAAAAUGAUAAUGGCUCAAAUGAUCAAUUAUUAUUAUCUGAUAAACCAAAACAACCAAAAUUAAAACAAAAAACUAGUUUAUCAUUAUUAAAACGCAUUUUACUUCGUAACGAAAAUAAAUCUCUUAAUGAAGAUUCCAGCACUUCAAUAUCUCCUCUUAUUUCUUCAUGUCAUAAUGAUGAAUCUUCUCGAUUUGGUGAAAGUUCAACUUCAACUUCUUCAAAUGAACAAGUAACUCCAGUUUGUUAUUUGAAUAUGCCCGAUGAUGAUGAUUUGGAUGCAGGUGCUGCUUUUGAGAUUCGUAGUGAACCAAGCAGUCCUAAAUUAAAUGGAAUUCCGAGCUCUUCCUUCUCUUCUUUAAAUAAUUUAUCACUUGCAACAAAACCAAAACUACACGAUAUUAGUGAAAAUAACAACAACAAACAUAUUCAUGAUACUACUCAAGAUAAAUCGCAUUAUAAUAAUUUGUUAAUGACUGGAUUUGAUCUUAAUACAAUUAAUGUUCAAAUUCCAAGUCCUACUCUUAAGCUUGAACAUAAUUUAGAAGAAAUGUCUAUUAAUUAA